AUAUUGACACAGAUGUUCAUGGAAGACAGUUCUAGGGAAUAGUUUCCAAUAGUGUUGAUGUGUUUUAAUAUUGUUUUCGUGCUUUAAACAGGUGCAUAAGAUGGCCUUUAACAGCAAUGAAGACGGGAGGUACACCCUUAAAGAUUUAUUGGAAAUUCCCGAACUGCAACAUCCCCCCCUGCUAAAUAGACCAAACUUAAAAAAAGGGGAGGUCUCUUUGGGAUAUGGAAUUACAUCUGCUUUUCUUGGACCCAAUUUGUGGAACACAAGUCAAGUUGGUGGACCAGACAAUGGGGAGUUCAGCCUGCAGUAUAUGGAUCUGGAUGAAUUUCUCUCAGAAAAUGGCAUUCCUUCCACAGAAUUGAAGAAGGAUGAUGGUCAACAAAUAUUGGACUCCCCUGAACCGAAGAGAGCCGUAACUCCCACUGAGGACUACAUUCAAUUGCAAACAGCUCCUGCAGCUCCACUCCCCCAAAAUGGGGGGUUUUCUCCAAAGAACAGCCCAAUACAUGGUUAUGAGGGUGUACACGAGGCCAGCCCUCCAUACUAUAAUACUGAAACAUUUAGAAUUCCACCAUCCAAACAUACAGAUAGUUCCAAUGGACCGAGCUUGCCACCACAACAGCUUCAAGACAAAGACCCCUCAACACAACCUACAACUAUAACAGACACAGCAGACAGUUUGAGAAGACAAGGGGAAACCUGUCAGACAAACAUUAAUCAGCCCAGUCUUCGUCAGGGUAGCCCUGUUAUAGAAUAUGACUUAAAUCCAAAUGACUUGGCUCUGGCAUCAAUACCAGGACAUGAAAAUUUUGAUCCCAGAAAAUGUAAGUUUACUGAUGACGAGUUGAAGCCACAGCCAAUCAUCAAGAAAUCUCGAAAGGUAUUUGUACCAGAGGACUGUAAAGAUGAAAAGUACUGGAUGAGAAGAACAAAAAACAACAUAGCAGCUCAACGCUCACGCGAAGCACGUCGUAUUAAAGAAAAUCAGAUUGCAUUGAGAGCUGCGUUCCUAGAGAAAGAAAAUAAUGCGCUGAAAGACGAGGUCAAAAUGAUAAAGGAGGAAAACACCAAACUGUUAAAAAAGCUGUCUCAGUAUGAAAAAGCAGUCUAAUAGUCCUGGCCUCUCAGACGUCCAAGACAAAUGUUACUUCACAAAUUUUCACACUAUUGACAACCAUUUUUGAAAUCAGAGUUUUCAAAAUUGUAAAUUCACAAUAUGCUAACGGCAAACAAAAUUUAAGGGUGUGUUAGUGGAAUCAUAGUCUCCUUCUCUCUGUACCGGGGUAUUUGUUUGUUGUCUGGAGGUUUUUUCUGGUGUUAAUGAUUCCCUCCCCCAGUUUUUUUUUUAAUGUACUAUUUUCAAAUUGAUUCGUUUAAUAUUUUGAUGAAUUUACGACUAUUUCUGUUCAUUCUGUCAGUACUAAUGUAUGUUUUCAACAUUAAGAAAGCUAAUCUUUCAAUUUUUAUUAUAACCCAAAGGGUUUAUUGUUAUAGUGGCUGACUUCCAUUACUCAACCAUUAAAUGGAAACGAAAUAUUAGUAAUAUAUUUUUUGUCCUUUUAAUCUUCAUAGCUAAUACCUGUUUAGUUCAGUGGGUUAAUACAUGUAUGUGACCUCCAAUCUGUAGAUCAUGAGUUUGAAUCUUCCUGGGAUUUUAUUUUCCUAUAUAAAGUAAAUCUUAAAGUUUUUUAUUUCAAAGUUUUGUUUUACAGUUAUGUUGUUCCACUUUCUAUUCAUAACAUUUUUUCUGGUGUGAUAUACAUCACUAAAGUGGACAAAAAUAUGAGUCAUAUAGUUCUAAAUCAUUGGUUAUGAAUUCUUUUUGUUUGUUUGGGGUUUUUAUGGGUUUUUUUUACAUCAAAUUUGAAAAUAGCAUUUUUUCGCUAGAUAUAUCUAUUUAUAUAAUUUGUACAUACUCUAGAUGAUUUAAAGAAGUACCAGAAACUUAAAAUGAUGUCUUAAGAUGGCUGGGAAAUUAGAAGGACUUUUGUAAUAUUGCUGAAAUCUGUGCAAAUUUUGUCAAUUAAGAGAUAUGAUAAAAAUUUAACAAAAAAAUUAAGGGCGAAUUUGUUGCUCUUAAACUGGUUAAGGUUUUGGUUUAUGAGUUUGAAAUUUAAGUUUUCAAACCUGUUUUGGUUUCAAUCUGGUUUACAGUGAAGAAACAAAUGAACAGUUUAAAUCACAAAUAUGGCAUCUAGAAGACACAAACUAGCAUGGGCAUCUCUAAUCCUUCAUAAUACAUUAUUAGAAAGCGAUGAUACGGAAGAUCCUGAAGUUGGGCUAUCUCAAAUCCAAAUGCAAACAUCAAUGUGCUCUGCUCUGAUGAGCCUGGUCCCCCGACGUCGGAUUAGAGUCCCUAGAUUUCCUUUUUAUGUUGGUAAUUCCCCAGUAUACCGAGCAUCAUUUCAGACAAAGAUUUAGAAUGAGUCAAGAAACUUUUACGUCCCUCUUGUCAAUAUUUGAAGAAUUUAAAGACAAAACAAUAAUAUCAAUGGAAAAACAAUUAUUCAUUUUCAUACGCAACCUAACGACUCAAAUGACAAUACAAGCCAUUGCUGACCAAUUUGGAGUAUGUGAAUAUACAGUAUUUGGUAUCGUGAAACGUCUUGCUAAUAUUGUUUGUUGAGAAUUUCUAAAGCAAUACAUAAAAUGGCCAGUUGGUGAAAAAGUUUCCAACAUCGCCAUGCUGGAUUGAUUUCCCGCCUCUCUCGUAAACCGAAUAAACUGCCCCCCGAGGCGGUUUAGUUGGUUUAACGAACUGGUUUAAGUUUUGGUAAAAACAAAUAAAAACACAGUUCUGGUUUUAAACUAGUUCAAAGCCAAUUCGAAAAACAAAUGAAUAGUUUACUAAACUGAUUCGAAACUAAAACUAGUUUAAGUGCAACAAAUUCGCCCUAAAAUCAGGUUAAAGAGUUACUUGAUUGUCAUAUUCCGGUGCAUCAAAUUCCGGUGUGUGCGUUUUAGUGUAUAAGAAUUUCACAGUCUUGUACCUGCCUUGGCAGACUGUUGGAUUCAGUAGAUGUCACAAAUGUCUGCAUAAUGAUCACACUGGACAGUUUUUGUGUGUUACUUUAUGUACAAGUCUCCACUAUUUCUGUUAUUGUAAAGACAAUCAGGAAAAGUGCAGCUAGGACAUGCAGUUAAAGUAAACACACAGGAUGGACCUAGACUACAAUACAAGUAUGUAUUUUGUAAUACUGUAAACCAAAUUUUUAUUCACAUGUGUGAAAAAUUUGACCUAUCAUUUUUCAUGAACAUUUUUCAUCGUAAAACAAUAUUUCGGUGUUAGAAAUGAAAAUGUUGGCUGAUAGUAUUCAUUAGUCUCUGAUUUAUUUUGAAUAUGAAUAUCAGAAUGACCAUGUGGUUCAUUAGAAAAGUGUUUCAAUACAGAAUUAAGGGGCUAGCAUUUGUUUAACCCAAGUGUAUUAUCUUAUUUUGAAAUAAGCAACUGGUAUAUUCUGUUUUUUAUAUAUGAUUACACCUACAUGUGUAUAAGGAAAUCACAGGAGACUCAAGAUAACUCAAAGUUAAAGUGACCUUGAUAAAAUGUCAAGAGGUCAAGUUUUCUAGAGGUCAAAGAUUGAAUUAAAUCCAGAAAUUACCUGGUAAAGGUGCGACUGUUAUGGAUAAGAUUUUAUUGUAACCAUGCAACCCUGUAUAUUGAUUUACAACAUUCCAAGUUGAGCAUAUUCAUUUGGCAUAUAUGUAAAUUAUUUUCUCAAUAUUUAAGUCUCAUUGUUAAUUAAGUAAAAACAAUUAAACAACGUUUCAUUAUUCCAUGGCAUUGUGCAGCUAUCUAGUAGUUGUCAAAAUUGUACAAUUAAACAAUUAAAUAUCGACCCCCAAAACAAAGCUAGGUGUAUAAGGUUAAAGAGAUUAAAACUGAAUAUACCCAAAACAGAUGCAGAGGUGUUGUUUUUCCUAUGUAAAUAUCUAAUCAACAUGGGCACCCUAGCCCCAGACAUUGACACAUGCUUGAUUGAUGGUGUGUAUAUGUUACAAAUUUCACUUCUCGAGUCAUUAUGACAGUAGCUUGAGAUGAAGAGUGAAUUUGCUUAGUUGAAUAUAGAGAGAGAAAAAUUGGGCUGGCGCACUUUCACUUUGAGAGAUUAAGAACUUCAAGAGAUCGAAGUUCAAGCCAUCGGGAGUCACCUAUAAGUACCAGGCACGCCAUAUUUAUAUCUAUAUUCCUCUAUCUCAUGAAAUA